AAUGCGAUUAUUAAAUUGAUCACUUUUCCUCUUUGCAGUUAUGUUUUGGACGCGACAAUGGCUUCACCGUUUAUAACUGCUCCUGAAUUUAUUAAAACAAACAAACAAACACAAUGUCAAUCCUCAAAUCUAACGACAGCAUUAGCUAGCGCUUAAGAAACUAGCCCUUUGUUUGCAAGUUGUCAUGGUAACCACUUGUCUUUGGCUAGCUUGAUUAUUGUAACGCUAAUGAAUAAAUGCAUUAAGAACUAUUAGCACAUAAAACAGAAUAAAGGGACGCCCAAAAGUAACAGUUAAAUGGAUACUUUAGUGGACAACCUGAUAGAAAAUGAAGCCGAAAGAGAGAGACUUCUUGCUAAACCCACCUGCUUCAUCAUCGUUGGAAGACCGGGUGUUGGCAAAUCCACCUUGGCCAAAAAAAUUGCAGAGUCCUGGAGGUGUAUCCUGAUUGAUGAUACCAAUCUUCUCAACACACACAUAAAAAAUGGAACAAAAGAGGGCCAGGAGCUUUUGAACAUACUGUCUGAGGGAAAAACUGUACCAGAGGAUAUGGUGCUGAAGCUGAUUCUUGCCAAAAUAAACUCACCAGAUGUGGAGCACUAUGGUUAUGUACUGAGCUGCCUGCCGUUCAUGUCAGAAGAGUGUCUGAAGAUUAAUGAGCAGAUUGAACUGAUCAAAAACCUCAAGCUAGCCCCUGACUUCAUUAUCAACAUCAAGUGUGCAGACAAGGACCUUGUCCAGAGGCUGUCUGGUCUGAAGCAGGACCCAGAGACAGGGCAGUUUUACAACAGGGAUCAAUGGGAGCAUGAAGAGGUGUACAGCAAGGAGAAGAAGAACAAGAAUCAGGAUGUAGAAGAUGUUGAGGAAGUGGAGGAGCAGGUGGAGGAGGAGGAGGAACUCUCGAGGGAGACUGUUGAUAGAUUGGUGUGGACACCAGAGUUUUUGGCUAGAAAUGCUUUUGUUCGAAUCAACAUGUACAAGGAGAACAUGCUCCGACCUCUGGAGGACUACAUGACAAACCACAACCCCCUCUAUCUGUUGGAGUUGGAUGGAAAUAAUAAAACAGAAGAGUUGCACUUGUCUGUUAUGUCACGUCUCGAAACUUUGGCAAUAAAUCCUGUCCCUAUUCCAAUCCUCCUCCGCCAGGCUGAGGAUGAAGAAUUGCCAGAGGAUGUUAGCACGGAGGACCUACUGAGAAUUAUGUCCUCCUCCAGGAUUGUGGUUCCUGGCUUUAGGUGGAGAAGGAGCCGCUGGGGCAGAACCUGCCCUGUUGCUUUGAAAGAGGGCAAGGUCAUUCCUGGGAAACCAGAAUUUGGUGUGGGUUUCCAGGACAAGCUGUACAUCCUUUCAUCAGAGGAGGCAUACCAUAAGUUUGUCACAAACCCUCGCCCUUACCUGCUACCUCCAAUGCCGAGGUUACCCUGCAGAGUUUCCAUCAUUGGGCCUUCUCUUGCAGGAAAGAGCACCUUAUGUAAGCUUCUAGCGCAGCACUAUAACGCAGUGGUAAUUGACAUGGAGGAAAUGUUGCAGCCAGUUUUGGUCAAGGUUGAACAGGAGAGGACUGAGAAAAUUAAAGAAGAGACAACACAGGCUGCAAUAGAGAAAAUCAAGAUGAAGAUGAAGGAAGAUGGUGGAGAAAAUUCAGAUGAAACCAGCUCCAUAGAAGUUACCGGGGAUCACCCAGAAGUGCAAGCCAUGGUCCUUAGUGCUGUGGAGAAAGCAAAACAAUCGAGUACAGCUUCUUUUGACUUGUAUACUGAUGUACUAGAGAAGCGUGUAAAAAAGAUCGAAGAGGAGGAGGAGGUGACUGGAUGGGUGCUUGACAACUUUCCCAAGAACCGUUCUCAGAUGGGUGCUUUACAGCAAGCUGGACUCCUGCCAGAAAUCUUCUUCUGUCUCACAGACAGUGAUGGACACCAGGUUUUGAGGAGACUUUAUGAGACAAAUAAGGAAAGUGUGAACAAAGCUGUAAGGAUGAGAUUAGAGGAUGAACGGUCUCAGAACGAGGCAGAACUCUUAACUCAAAAGGAGCAAGAAUCAGAGGUGCAAUCAAAUCUUGAAACAGUUGUGGAAGAAACUAAUGAAGCUCCUAAACAAUCUAAAACCACCAGCCCUGCAAAUCCUAACACAAUACAAAAAGAAGCAGUGGUAGUACACGAUUAUUCGGAGUUGGGAUAUCCAGAUGGCCCCGAGAUGAAUGAGUAUAAACUGCAAUUGCAACAGUUUGUGAGUGAAUGGGAGAAAAUGCAAUCUGGUUUAACAGUAACCCACUGUACUUUGGAGAUUGGAAGGAAAAGCCCGGAGAACCUGCUUCAAGAUAUGAUCCAGCAGAUGGACAAACCCUUUCAGUAUGUGUCCUGGGAGUUAUCUGAGGAGGACAUGGAAAAAGACACAGAGGAUACAGAGGCCUUAGAUCAGCUGGAGAGAGCAGAGGAAGGCAGCGAUGAAGAUUAUCCCCCAGAGGAAGAAAAUGAAGGAAACACAACAGCCAAAAGAUUCUUAGGUGACACACAUCAUUUCUGCCCUGUUGCCUUAAAAGACCAUAAUGUCCUAUGGCCCUGUACGAAUGAAAUUGCAGCCAAGUAUCGUGAGAAGACCUACUGCUUUUCCAGCUUAGAAGCAAGGGAUUCCUUUCUUCAAAAUCCUGAACAAUAUAUUGCGCAGACUGAACCUCUCAAGCCUCCUGCCCUGCGGAUCUUUUUGCUCGGCAGCAGAGGCUCAGGCAAGACAACUCAUGGGAAGUGGCUUGCACAGCAGCUCGGGCUCUUCCAUAUUCAGUUCAGGGAGCAGCUCCAAAUGCUCAUCAUGGCUAAGACAAAGACGCGGAUACUUGAUGCUGAUGAGUUAAUGUUCUUAGAAGAUUAUUCUGAAGACUUGAAGAUCAAAAUAAUAGAAGCUGAGGCAGAAGAUAAGAAGGAGCCAGAGGAUCCCUCUACAAACAUCAAUGAGGUGGAGCAAGAAGCACUGACUGAGGAAGAAAUGGCCAUCAAAGCCUACCUAUCCGAAGGAGAUCCUCUGCAUCCAAAGAUUUUGGACAUGGUUGUUGCACCAUACUGGAAACGUGAACCAUACAAGUCUACAGGUUUUAUUUUGGAGGGCUUUCCUCAUGAUCCGGAGGAGGUGCAGUACAUGUUGAAACAACAGCUUUUCCCUGAUGUUGUGGUAGUCAUGGAAGUGGAUGUUGAGGAUGUUCAGAACCGUCUGUUGCCAAAAUACCUGGAGAUUUGGCGUGAGCGCCAAAAAGAACGUGAAUCACAGUUGAAACUCCUCCAUGACCUGCAUAAAAAAAAACGGGAGGAGGCUAUUUCCAAGAGGAAGGCUGAACUCAUGGCAGAGCAAGACCCAAAGUUCAGUUUUCAAGAUGCCACAGAAGAUGACAAAGAGGGUGAACCUGCAGACAUAGAGAUGAUAGAGGCCCUGCUGGAGGAGGAAUUUCCUGCAGAAGAGGAUGAUGGCAUGGACAAUGAGGAGACUGAGGAAUUAGCUACUGAGAGGCUGGCCAUAGGAAUACAAGAGCGUUUUGUGGCACAUGAGACCAACCUUAGUACUGUGAUGGAACUCCUAGGUGAACAGAAUAUACCCAGAAUGGACAUCAAUGCUUCUCACAAACUCUGCAUUGUUCAGCAUCAGCUGCUCAACAAAAUCAAGCCUUUGUUGACCAACAGGGAGUCACUCUUCCAAAAAUGCCACCCCAUCCCCUACAGCCUGGCACAUAAGCUUCUGCUCUCCUCUUUCAAGUUCUUCAGCGCCUUUGGCUGUCUGGACCCCAUCAAGCUAUACAAAGAAAGAGACCUGAUCCAGCCUCUGCAGUGGCCCUUCAGUACAACACAUCCCCUGAUCUUCCAUCAGUAUAUCUACUUCUUUGCAUCUAAGGAGAACUGUAACACAUUUAUGCUCAAUCCCUUAAAGUACCUUCAGCAGCCCAAGCCCACCCCGUCACUUCCUGUUAAAAUAGCAGUCACUGGACCUCCAAAAUCUGGAAAAACCACUGUGGCACAGAUGUUUGCUCGGAAAUUUGGCUUGGCUCGGCUGUCCAUUGGUAGCGUUAUGCGUACGGUGCUGGACACACAGGAGCACACUGAUCUGGCUAAACAGAUGCGAGGGUAUCUCUUCCAAGGCCUUGUUGUGCCUGAUGAACUGGCCAUUCAGUGUCUGGAGGUGGCACUGAUGAACUCAGUCUGUAGCACACGAGGAUAUGUGCUUGAUGGGUUUCCGAUGACCCUUAAGCAGGCUGAACUGAUGGGGUCUCGGAGCAUCAUCCCCAUGAUAGUAGUUGAGCUUGAGCUGGACAUAGUGGAGGUGCUGAAGAGAGGCCUUGCAGACAAAAUGAGGCCUAACAAGCCUCACUUGAUGCACGACAGCUCUGAGAUCCUCCACAUUUGUAAUUCCUGCUACAAGAAGGAGGUGGUGCAUGUAAGGCAUUACUUCCAACAACAAUAUCAGAACUGGUUGCUCCUUGAUGGACUCAAAAGCAAAUGGUGGAUCUGGGACAGAAUGAUAAAGGAGGUCAGCAUCAGCAUGAAAUAUAUUCACACUUACCUGGAGAGGAUACAGAGGGGGCAAGCAGCCUGCAUCAACAGGCUGUGCAUCACACCCAACGAGUUGGAUUGCCGGCUUGGAGAGUUUGGCCAGUACUGCCCUGUCUGCAUGGCCCUCCAUCACCACCUGGUGGACAGCUCAGAAACUGCAGCAUUGACUCAUGCAGCUGAGUACAGGGGACACUACUACAAGAUGUGUGAUGAAAGUCAUUUAGAGACAUUCCUGUUGACACCUGAUCAAUUUGUGACACCUGGCUGCCCGCACACCCUUCCACAACCCCACCUCCUACCAAGGAAGCUGACUGAGAUUCAGGUGAAGAACAGGUUCCCACAGCAAGUUGAGAUGAAGGGCUUCUGUCCUGUUACUUACCUGGAUGGAAACCAGAGGUAUGAAGCUCUAGUUCGUGGAAAGAUGGAAUAUGCUGUGGAAUACAAAGAAAGAAUCUACAUUUUUGAGACAAAGGAGAAACGGGACAAGUUCAUGAGGACUCCUGAAACCUACUGGGCCCAAAAGCUCCCCAUUAAAGUUCCUCCUCUUUGUGAGCCUGUACCUCUCACCUCCCUUCCAACACUGGGCUACCUGGAACAGGGUGUGGCAGUAGCAGUGAUCAAGGCCAUGACAGCUGUCGGGUGUCUCAAACCAAAGCACCCUUAUCUCAGUUUACAAAGAUCAGCUCUCCACUAUGUGGCCUUGUAUUUGAAAGCAUUCAACCACAAGAGUACAGACCACGUUCGCCAGAUGUACAAAAAGAAGCUGGCCUCAUUUGAAGAGAACUGUGCGCUCAUUCCUUACCUGAGCACGGCCAUGAGGGGGAACUACAGGCCGCCCAGUGAACGCCCAAUUGACUUUGAGUUCAAGCUGAACAGGUUCCUGGCCUUAGGAGAUGUGCCAGGAGCUAAUGGUGUGCAGCCUGAUGUGCACUUUUGAUUACAGCCUGUCUCUGUACUUUACAUGAUGUUAUGAUCUGUCAACAAAUUAUAAAUAAUUUUGAAGUGACUUCUUUAAAAGUUUAUGCUACUGAUAAAGCAUCUUUAAUUAUCUGAAGAUGAUUUUUCACCCUGAACUUCAGCCAUGCAGGCACUUUUU